AUGAAGCAGAACUUUGAGUUUGUGGUGAAGAAGUCAGAUUUUGUCACUGAGGAAGAUCGAUUCAAAUAUUGCUUUUUCUCACUCAGAGUUAGUAGAAGAGGGUUUCUUACAUGUCGUCCUGUGUUAUGUGUGGAUGACACUAUUUUAAAGAUGAAAUAUGGUGGGCAGAUGUUAUGUGCAGUCACGCUGGAUGCAAAUAACCAUCUAUAUCCAGUUGCAUUUGGUAUUGCGGAUAGUGAGAAUCAUAAUUCUUGGAAGUAUUUCAUGUCAAAGCUAAAGGAAACGAUUGGGGAAGUUGAGGACCUAGCGUUUGUAUUUGACAGGCAUGCAAGUAUUACACAUGCCUUGGAAACUAUUUUCCCCGAUGCCUAUCACGGUGCUUGCUACCACCACAUUAGUAUGAAUGUGGUUGCUAAAUUCAAGACUGAUCAUUGUCAUGUGUUGAUGAGAGAAACUAGCGAGAAGACAACUAUAACUCUUGCACUGACCUAUGAGAAAAUUUUGGUGGAUAUGGCUGAGAAAGCUCGAUUCUUGAUCCCUUAUGCAAUAGGGAGGCAUGAGUUCCAUGUGUUAGAUGGUGAGCUGAAUGGUGAAGUCGACCUCCUGAAUAAGACAUGCACAUGGGGUGUGUUUCAGAUUAUUGGUAUCCCAUGUGCUCAUGCACUAUCUGGAUCUCUUAAGCGAGGGGUGAACUUUUAUUCGUUGUGUUCAGAUUACUAUAAAAUUGAGACAUGGAGGUCCUCUUACAAAGAAUCUAUAUAUCCUACGGGUAACAAGGAAGAGUGGAUUGUUCCACAUGGCAUUAUGACAAUAAAAUUGAGAACACCUGCGCAAAAAAACCCGGUUGGUCGUCCAAAGAAGAAACAAGGUAGGCCUAAGAUGAAACGCCAUCCUUCCAAUGGAGAUAAAUUGGUUGUACAACGCAAGUGCAGCACUUGUGGAGGUCUAGGCCAUAAUAGGGCAACUUGUAAAGUUUGUGUUUGA